AGGUAAAUCGUCACCGAUAAUUUAAAGCAUAAUAUAUCUACUGUGACAUUGUUCAAUAUAUGUGUAUUCUGUUCAUUUAAACGACGUAUAGGCGACACACAAAAAGGACAGAACAUAGACCUGGACCACAGCUGUGUUUAUAAACAUGGCACAAAGACCCGUCGGGCGACACGAUACAAUGAAGUCAGGUGAUACGACCAGAUUUAUCAAGACAAGAAACUUGAAGGAUACACCGUACAUAAUGGUAGCAGCUUUAGAUUUCGGAUCAACAUUUUCUGGAUAUGCCUUUUCUACUAAAUUUGAUUAUAAAUUGAAUCCGUUGAAAGCGACAGACAUGACCUGGACAGCUAAAUCCGGAGGACUCCUAUCCUUGAAAACGUCCAGUUCCAUACUGUUCGAUGCGAGUGAAACAAUAGAUUCAUUUGGAUUCGACGCUGAAGACAAAUACGCAGAAUUAAUGGAGCAAAACAAACACGAGCAGUGGUUUUUCUUCCGUCGCUUCAAAAUGAGUCUUUAUGAGGAAAAGAAUAUAUCCAGAGGAAUGAAGUUGAAAGCCAGCAACGGUAAAGAAAUGACAGCUAUGAAAGUGUUCACAUCAUCCAUUCGGUUCCUCAAAGACCAUUUACUAAGCACUUGCAAGAAACAAGGAACAGACAUUGAGAUGUCGGACAUCCGCUGGAUACUUACUGUGCCGGCCAUUUGGAACGACCGUGCGAAACAAUUUAUGAGAGAAUGUACAGUACAGGCCGGAAUUCCAAGUGCCCAGUUAGUCCUAUCUUUGGAGGCCGAGGCCGCAGCCCUCUUCUGCAAAUACCUACCUCUUAGCGAAAUGGCCGUGGGUAAAGCAGGGAACGUUUCUGUGUUCAGGCCUGGAGCAAAGUACUUGGUACUCGACGUUGGAGGUGGGACAGUAGAUGUGACUGUACAUGAGGUACAGGACGACCUGAGGCUGAAGGAGAUAUACAUGGCUAAUGGGGGAGAAUGGGGUGGAACAAUGGUUGACAAGGAAUUCAUAAAUCUUAUCUCAGACAUUUUAGGUGAGAAUGUUCUUCGUACGUUCAAAGAAGACAACCAGGCCGAUUUCUUAGAACUACAACGGGGGUUCGAGGCAAAGAAGCGAAGUAUCAGUUCUACCAAAGAUGCUAGGAUAACAUUCACACUUCCUAUGAGUCUGCUGGAUACCUUCAACGAGAUCAAUCCCAAAGAGGAUCUCUCUGUUAAAAUCAAAUCUAGCAGAAAAUUUGAUAAAAAUGUGACGUGGAAAUUGGAUAAGAUGCGAUUAAAUUCAAAUCUUGCUAAAGAUUUAUUUUCGAAAUCUGUGAAAAGAAUCGUUGAUCACGUUACCGAACUUUUACACAAACCUGAAAUUGAAAACAUUCAAGCCAUACUCCUGGUCGGUGGUUACUCCGAAUGUCCAUUACUUCAGGAAGAAAUAACGAAAGCAUUCCCAACGAAACGUCUUAUAAUUCCACAAGAGGCAGGGUUGGCCGUCCUCAAAGGAGCUGUCAUAAAUGGCCAUGAGCUAGAGGCAGUCACUGAACGCAUCAGUCGCCUGACGUAUGGGGUAGGAAGUAAUAUGCCAUUUGAUCAGGGAACACACGACGAAAACCGAAAAUUCAUCGAUGAAGACGGAGGAAAGACUCUGUGCACUGGUUGCUUCAGUGUACACGUGAGGUUUGGAGAGUCCGUACCAGUGGGGCUAACAGGGCGGUCUGAGCGAUACUGGGUAAUGGAGGAACACCAAACACUUCUUCCUAUCCUGAUCUAUACGUCGACGAAUCCGGAGCCCACAUACAUUGAUGAAGACGGCUGUGAAAACAUAGGCGAGGUCAUCGUGGAAAUGCAGAAUACAGAGAGAGGCUUAAAUCGUGGUGUAGAUGUUGAGUUUACGUUUGGGGGAGCAGAACUUGAGGUCACUGCUUAUGAUAUCCAUACCCGGGAAGAACAAACAAGCUAUUUUAACUUUUUACGCAAGUAAUUUUGAAAUUAUUCAUUUCAGCAAUAUGGAGGAGAAUUAUCAAACUGUGAUAAUUAAAAGCACCAAUUUCCACAGAUAAUUGGUAAUAAUAUAAAUAUAGGUACCUGUAAAGCGUAUAUAUUUUUGCAGUAAUAUUUUUCUAGCAAUUGUCAUGGUGAAGCAUUCCGUAAAAUUAAGGAAGUACUAAUUUAAGUCUGUGUAAUUGUUUUCUAUACACGCUAUCCUCAGCACUCCAGUUAAUCACCGCUGUAAUCAAUCUAAUAUCAGUUAUACGCUAGAAUUGGAGUAUGCUGCCAAAAACAAUAUGGGUAUUACACCGAGAACAAGUUUGAUAUGACGACUGCGUUGAUUAUAUAAUGGAAAGAAAUCUCACUUCGUGAAUAAUGGUGGGCAUCAUACCACGAACAUACUUGAUAUGACGACUGCAUUACAUGUAUCGUGAAACGAAAACUCGCUUUGUGAAUAAUUGUGGGCAUCAUGCAACGAACAUUCAAUUUGUAAUAUACUGUGCUGCAAAUAUAAUUAAUCAAGGAACAAAAGCUUAAAACAUGCGUUGAUAUACUAGGCAAUUAUAAAUUGCUUAAAGUUUUAGCUAUGUUUUGCAUUAUCUGUUUGCUAUUGUAUUUUUUUUGUUUGUUUUUUUUGUUUUUUUGUUUUUUUUAAUUUCUAUUACUAUUUUAUGACACAAGCUUGCAUGCAAAACAUGACAUAAGGGUGUUAGGAAUGUCCGUUCAGCAAAUUAAAAAUGGCGUAACUUUCAAAAAAAUAAAGACAUUUGUUGAGUU